UAGAUCUACUUGUCUGUUUGUAGCAUUCUAUUCCCUGAAAUUUAUGAACUGUUCAGCUAAUCGCAUUUUUUUUUUACCGUUUAAAAUUUAGAAUCUAGUAUCAAAAUAAUAAAAUGGCAGACUCAUAUGCUUUGGUGAAAGGGGGUAAACUGAAUUUAAAAGGUCACAAAACCAAGAAAUCUAAGAAACACAAGAGUCACAAGAGAAAGCACGAUGGGACUCCAGCAGACGCAAGUUCUAAAGAGAGAGAGGACACACACAAGCAUGGUGGUUGGUGGGAAAUAAAAAAGUUUGAAGACAUUGCAGCCAAUGUUGCCAUUGAGUUCAAGGACCACACAUACAUCACAGCACUGGACAAUGGGCAACUGGCCCUUGGAGACUCGAGGAAGGAAGGUGAUGGCCCAGACCCAGCAGAAGUGUUCACGGCCAUCAAAAUCAACGACACAAAGGUGGCCUUCAAGUCUGGCUACGGCAAGUACUGGGGUGUGGAGGCCAAUGGUCAAGUUGUCGGGGUUGCUGAGGCCAUGGGAUCAAGGGAGCAGUUCGAGCCUGUCUUUCAAGAGGGCAAACUUGCUUUGUGUGGCUGCAACAAUUUCUUCGUGUCAUGCGAUGAGAAAGGUCGUGUGGUCUGUCUCAGUCGAACAGCUGGGCCUAACGAGAUGAUCAAACUUCGUUCUAACACAGUCAGAGAGAAGGAUCCACUAGAGGGCGUCCCCAGCGAGGACCGAGGCUCUGUCAAGGAGGCUGAGAUUAAUUAUGUUAAAAAGUUCCAGAGCUUUCAAGACCGGCGCCUGCGUGUGAGCGAGGUAGACAAGUCUCAGUUAAAAAAGGCCAAGCGCGAGGGAGACUUCCAUGAAGUCAUGCUGGACAGAAGGGAGAAGAUGAAAGCAGAUCGCUACUGUAAAUAAAAGACCUAGUUAUC